CAGACAUGAGUGGGUGAGGAUUCUUAUUUCCAUGCUGUUAAAAACUUGUCCCCUAAUUUCUGCAGAACAAGGUGCUGUUAAAAGGGAUGCAAGCUGGCGAAGAUAACCUUUUCCUCUGUCCGUUGGCAAUCCUAUUUAGAUUUAGGAUUAUCUUUAUUCUCAAGCCUUUGCUGAUUUGACUUCAGUUGCAUGCAAAGUGAUAUGAGUUCAUGUGACUUUAAAUUUCAGUGCACCAUCACUGUGAAGAUCUGCUUCUCACCUCCAGAACCUAGACCAAUUCUGCAUGCAAGAAAACAUUUUUUCAGGAAAUUUAUUUGCUGCCCCGUCUUUCCAAAGGAUUCUGGACUGGAAGAAUUGGUUCCAAAGGAAACAGGUUUCCAAGAGCGCACGCCGACACCCACACCUAAGAAAGAGCUGGCAAACAAGAAGCAAAUCUUUCAGGUUCGAGUUGGAAUCAUAGAAUGCCGGCAACUGCAAGAAAACAACAUCAAGCCGGUGGUCAAAGUCUCUAUUGGGGAUCACGUGUUCAGGACAAGAAUUAAAUUUGGGAACAGCCCUUACUACAAUGAGGUUGGCAUUAUGUGGGCUCCAGAUUCAGCUUUGGAAUGGCUUCCACAAACAUUGUCCUUGGUUGAAAGGGUCUUCCUAUCUGAGGGCCAAAUGAAAAAUUCAUUGAACUGUAGCCAUACGUUCGUCCAGAAUUUCAAUGAGACACCUAUUCAACUAUUUGAUCAAUUCAUUACCAUCCAGGUGCUGAACUCCAGGGCAAUACGAGCCGAUUCCCUCAUUGGGGCCUUCAAGAUCGAGAUUGGGCUCGUAUAUGAAUCUCCAGGUCAUGCUCUGAUGUCCAAAUGGCUAAGCCUCUAUGACCCUGCUAACCUCAAUGCUGGACUAAGGGGCUAUGUGAAAGUCAAUCUUUGUGUCCUAGGAGCCGGGGAUCACGCACCGGAUGCAGACCAGUUAUCAGAGGAUGGCGAUUCAGAGGCCAACAUCCUGCGGUCGGCAGCCAUGCCCACAGCACACACAGCCACGCUCCAGCUGUACAUAUACCGAGCAGAAGAUCUGUCUCAAAUGCAGGACACCACUGCAGAUCCCACUGGUGGUUCUGUUGACGCUUCUCUGGAAGCUCAUUUUGCAGCAAAAGUGCUAAGGACCAGAGUUGUGUUCGGAGAUGCCAACCCUGUGUGGAAUCAGCUGAUGUCCAUUCCCAUGCAGAUGCCUUCCAUGUGUGAUCUAAUCAAAUUUAGCAUUACUGAUGGGGGGCAGGAUGGAGAUGGCAACAUUCUGGGCACCACAUUUCUCAGCCUUUCUCAGAUCUCUUCUACUGGGACUGAAAUACAAAAGGACUUCUCAGGCUACCUGCCGUGCUUUGGGCCCAGCUUCCUGACCCUCUACCAGACCCCAGAAAAGCUCAUGAAACGAACGGAAUCUGUUGAGAACAUGGAUGAAGAAGGGAUAAUUUACCGGGGAAGGAUCCUGGUGGAGCUGAUCACCAAGAUGGAGCCAAUCCCUCUUCAGAGAAUAGAUGAAAUUCCUGUAGAAAAUAUUAGAAGAAUGGAGCACUUCUUGCCCCAGCAACAGUAUGGACUGUGCACCGUCUUUUACUCAGCUACCAUGUUGGCUGAUAUCAAGGAACAGAUCCAGUUUGAAGUCAGCAUUGGGAACUAUGGCAAUAAAUUUGACGGGACUUGCAAACCUUUUGCCUCAACCACUCAAUACAGCCAUGCCGUGUAUGAUGGUAACCGCUACUACUACCUGCCGUGGUAUGACACAAAACCCCUGGUGGCCAUCACCUCAUUCUGGGAGGACAUUGGCCACCGAAUCGCCUGUAUGAACACCAUGCAGUCUAUUCACAGCAGGCUGAAGAAGAACCUGGAUACCCUUAAAGCCAUCAGUGUUCCCAAUGACCCAAUUGUGGGCGUCAUUUGGAAGAAGCUCCAGAAAGAACUGGUGGAAGACUGCAAGAGGCCUCUUCCUGGCUCGGACAGCCCAGUAGUCCUCACCGUCCUGGACCAGCAGCUGAGGAAAAUGCGCACCCGCCUCCUCCAGCAAACCGGCAAGGCUGCGGAGAAGAUGAGUUGGAAACCCCCCCUGCAGAAACUGAUUGCCAAAGUGGAGAUCUGGCUGAACAGGAUUGCCUUAGUCACUUCAGAGGCCCAGAUCAGCAUGCCAGAUGUGAUGAUCUGGAUGCUGUGGGAUGAAAACCGGGUGGCCCAUGCGCGGGUCAAGUCUCACACAAUCAUGUUCUCCAAAGCUGGCCUCCAUGCCAGGGGCAGGAUGUGUGGCAAAACCCAGACCAUCUUCCUACAGAGCACCCAAAAGACAUGGAAGAACGCGCCUAUUCCUGUUCUGCUCCGGGUGCGAAUGUGGCUCGGGCGGCUGGCUGAUAGCGCAGAGUUCAUGAAAUGUUGCGAAGGGAGAAUCCUCGUCUACGCUGAGACGUAUGAAAAUCAAAAGAAGACCCAUGGGAUAUGGGGGAUCAGGGACUUGGACCCACACCCCGGCUUUUCAGAUGUGACUGGGCAGGUCAACCUUCCCAGAGACAAGUUCCAGCUUCCGGCUGGUUGGCAAUGGGAUGGCGAAUGGGUUGUGGAGCCCCAAAGAAGGCUCUUGCUGGACAAAGAAACGAACCGCACUGAAAUGCUGGAAGAAGUCUAUGAGAACCAGAGCCGGCAACCAGGACGCCGAUGGAGACCGGCCCCGAUCCCCUACAGCAAUGCAAGCGGUGUUCCUACUCCUCCAAAGGAAGAUAUUGUGUGCCCCCAAGGCUGGCUCUUUGUGGAAGACUGGAAAGUGGAGGUGAACCGGGCAGUGGAUGAUGCUGGUUGGGAGUAUGGCGUUGCUCUCCCUCCUGCCGAAUUCCCUCGUUCCUGGAAUGCAGCUGAGAAGACCUACCAUACCCACCGGCGUCGGCGCUGGCUGAGGAAACGCUGCCGGAACCUGGUCAGCGAGAACCGGGAAGUGCAAAUAGCCAACUUCCUUCGGCUGCACUCAGAUGUAAAGUUGAAAGAAGAGCCUUGGGAAUAUGCUCCCCUCUAUGGCUGGAGGUUCCACCUGCAACGGCGGUCCAGUGACAUCUUUCGCCGGCGAUGCUGGCGCAGGAAGCUGGCCCCAAUAUCACCCAGCCGGGUGGCUCCCAUUUUCCUCUUGGAGGGUUCUCUGUUGCGCUGUUAUAUCUACCAGGCGAGAGACCUCCUUGGGACUAGUGCUAAGAGCUCUGCAGAUCCUUUGGCCCACGUCUCCUUCCUUCACAUGAGCCAGUGUACCCAGACCAUCUCUGGCACACUGCACCCCUGCUGGGACCAGACGCUUGUCUUUGAAAACAUCUUGAUCUACGGAGACCCGCGGGCAACGGAGCAGGAGCCACCAGUCGUGGCAGUGGAGGUCUUUGACUACGAUGCAAGUGGCCACUCUGACUAUUUCAUGGGAAGGAGCUUGUGCAUCCCAAGAGUGUACCUGGAUCUCGAUUCACGAAAACUGCCCCGUCUCUACAGGCAUCCAAUCAGCAGAGAACAGCAGGACGCUGGUCACCUCCUGGCUGCUUUUGAGCUUCUGUUGGACAAGAAGGACGGGUCCUUGGGAAAGCAUCCACCUCCCGCAUGGAAGGAUGGGAUCUACAUCAUCCCUAAAGGGAUCCGGCCCAUCUUGAGGCUGAUGGCCGUUGAGAUCCUGGCUUGGGGCCUCCGUGACAUGAAGAACUACAACCUGCUGGUCAUCAGCAAUCCAAGUCUCACCGUAGAGUGCGGAGGGGAAUCUAUUCAGACGCCAGCCAUCAGGAAUCUUCAAGAGUACCCCAAUUUUUCAAUCAACAUCUAUCUCAUGAAAGUGUACCUGCCCGUCGACAACGAUUAUGCGCCUCCCAUCGAGCUGAAGGUGAGAGAUCACAGAGAGUUUGGAUACAAGCCAGUGGUGGGCCAGGCAACUGUGAGAUCCCUGAGCCAGUACUACUGUGACCCAUGGGAAGGAUCUGAUUUCAUUUCCCCAGAAGGCUUAAAAAAAGGAGUGGUUAAUUUCCCCCCCUCCAGUGAAUGCCGUGUGGACCCGAACCAAAUUUCCCCUCUCCCUUCUUAGGUGGUGGAGGAUGAAGAAGAGGAAGAAAUAGAUUGGUGGAGCAAGUUCUAUGUGACGAUGGGGGAUCUGGCAAAGAGCGGGAAUUACCUGGAGAGGGGCUUUGAUAGUCUGAAGAUCUAUAACUGCGAAUUGGAGGACGUGCCUGAAUUCCACGGCUUCCAGGAUUUCUGCCAGACCUUUCGGCUGUACAGGGGACAGCUGAAAGAUGAUGACCCCAUAGUGGGGGGUGAAUUCAAGGGGCUGUUCCGGAUCUAUCCUAUACCAGAAGACCCCAAUGUCCCACCCCCUCCACGCCAAUUCCAGGAGCUUCCCGAAAACGUCUCCGAGACAUGUCUGGUUCGGAUUUACAUUAUCCGAGCCUUUAACCUCCAGCCCAAGGAUAGGAAUGGUCUGUGUGACCCCUACGUCUGGAUCAAGCUAGGAAAGAAAAGGAUUGGUGAGAGGGAGGAGUAUAUUCCCAACACCCUGGAGCCCGUCUUUGGGAGUAUGUAUGAACUCACGUGCAACAUCCCAGCAGAAAAGGACUUGAAGAUCUCAUUCUUUGACUUCGAUGUCUUUCCCCCUGAUGAUAUGAUUGGAGACACCAACAUUGAUCUGGAGGACCGGGUCUUCUCCCGCUACGGGGCCAACUGUGGGCUUCCACAGUCUUACUGCGUCUGUGGCCCCAGUCAGUGGCGAGACCAGCUUCUUCCCAGCCAGCUCUUGGAGAAUUAUGCUCAAAUCAAAAACAUACCUCAGCCUGACAUAAAUGAAGAUGGAAGCAGAGCCACUUUCUUGGGUAGGACUUACCAACUGUCUGACUUCGAGACCAAAGUAGCUUCCCAUGGCUUCCUGGGGCCCGAAAAAGAGCGCUUGGCCCUCCAUCUCCUCCACACCUGUGGGCUGGUGCCUGAACACAUAGAGACUCGCACCCUCUACAACACCACCCAUCCUGGGAUUGAACAGGGUAAAGUGCAGAUGUGGGUUGACAUCUUCCCAGAAAGCUUAGGUGAGCCAGGACCUCCUUUUGACAUCACCCCGAGGAAGCCCAAGAAAUAUGAACUUCGCUGCAUCAUCUGGAACACUAAAGACGUGGAUCUGGAGGACACCAACAUUUUUGGAGACAGGAUGAGUGACAUCUAUGUGAAAGGGUGGCUGGACGGCCUGGAAGAGGACAAGCAGAAGACGGACGUCCAUUACAGGUCCCUUGCAGGAGAAGGCAACUUCAACUGGCGCUUUGUGUUUACCAUGGAGUACAUGCCCAUGGAGCAGGUCUGCGUCCUCACCAAGAAGCAACAUUUCUGGAGCCUGGAUGAGACCAUGCAGAAAGUGCCCCCCAAGCUCAUCAUCCAGAUCUGGGACAAUGACAAGUUCUCAGCUGACGAUUUUCUAGGAAUUCUGGAGCUGAACCUGACCAGCAUUCCGCGACCUGCCAAACGACCCCGCGAUUGCACUGUGAAGACAGUGCUGGAGGAGAGCAGCACCAAGUCCUCCUCGCCUUUCCAGCGACGCAAGCAGAAGCCUGUUUCCCUGUUCACGCAAAAGAACAUGAGGGGCUGGUGGCCGUGCAUCGUCUUUGAGAAGGACAAGCCGCGGGUGUCGGGUAAGGUAGAAAUGACCUUGGAGCUGCUGACGGAGAACGAAGCUGAAGAGCAGCCUGCUGGGAAGGGAAGAGAGGAGCCAAAUAUGAACCCGGUUCUGAAGCCACCACAGAGGCCAGAGACCUCUUUCCUGUGGUUUACAGCCCCACUGAAGAGCCUCCACUUCGUUGUGUGGCAGAAGAGUAAAUGGAAGAUCCUCAUUUUCCUGUGCAGCUUGCUAGUGAUCAUGCUGCUCGCGGCCUUCAUCUAUUCAGCUCCUGGCUAUCUGGCCAUGAAGAUAAUCAAUCCAAUGAAAGGCAUGGGCGCCAUAAAAUACAAACCAUUUCCAAUUAAAAAAAUUGAAACUCCUGAGAUGCCACCCCCAGUAUCCGAGACACCACCCCCAGCUUCUGAAAUACUGCCGUCAACUCCCAAGACGCCGCCACCAUCUCCCAGGAAGUUGCUCCCAGCUCCCAGGAAGAUACCUCCUACUCCCAAGAAGAUACCGCCCACUCCCAGGAAGAUACCGCCCACUCCCAAGAAGGCACCGCCCACUCCCAGGAAGAUGCUGCCCACCCCCAAGAAGGCUCCACCCACUCCCAAGAAGGCACCGCCCACCCCUAGGAAGACAAUGCCCACCCCCAUGAAGGCUCCACCCACUGCCAUGAAGAUACCGCCUACUCCUAAGGCCCCGCCCACUCCCCAAAAGGCUCUGCCCACUGCCAUGAAGAUACCAGCCACUCCUGAGAAGGCUCCGCCCACUCCCCAAAAGUCACCACCCACUCCCAAAAAGACACCACCCACUCUCAAGAAGCUACUGCCAAUGCGCAAGAAAAGGCACAUCUGGUAG